AUGUUUAGGAAAAAGAAAUCUUCCAAAAAAGAAAAACUAGUUUUACCCUAUGACCUCCAAGAGCUUGGCUAUAAACUUGACGAGAAUGAAAAAGUGGUGACUUUAGAUGGACAACCAUACGUCUUUGAAGUAAAAAAAGAGGAUAAGGCGUAUAACGAAGCAUUAUAUGAAGCUCUUAUAGGCAAACAGGUUCGUGCGAAUCUACAAAAUCGAUGUGGUCUUGUUAAAACUAUACUCCCUAUCGGUGUGACCGAGAAUGAUAUCCAUACACAUAUAUUUUUAAGUCCUGAUUACAUGACGAACGAAAACAUGUGCAUUUUCAUUCCUGGCACAUUUCACGCAUCUGGUCUUUGGUCUCGCCGAAUGUUAACGGAACAUUCAAUCAAUGAGGGUGGAAUGUUGAGAUACACCGAACGAGCAAGGAGUCUUGGAUGUUCUGUUGUCAUAACAAAUCCUAAUGAAAUUUAUUGGUAUAAAGGCAGAGCUGUGGUGACUCUUCCUAAGGCCACAGUUCCAUUUGAUCCCAUACCAGAAAAUGAAUCGCCCGAAGCGCAUUUAGAUUAUGUCUAUAAACAUUUCAUACAACCAUCAGCAGCGAAAAAGAUUUUCAUCAUCGCAAAUAGCUAUGGAGGUUAUUGCGCCAUUGAUUUGAUGCGAAAAAACUUUGAAGAACUUCGACAUAGGGUAAAGGCAAUUGAACUUGCUGCGACCACCCAUUCGAUUGAUUAUGUAAAGAAAGAUUCGAUCAAAGUUUGGAUUAGAGAACAUUGUCGGAACUGGGUUGUUGCUGACGAACCAAUACUCACAGAAAUUAUUGAUCCUAGAUUUGGUUGUGGUAACUACUCUUCAGGAUGUAAGCUAUAUGAAUAUGUGAUUCAUGCCAUAAUCGAUCAAACUUUCGAACUUAUCUCUAGAAAAUUGAGAUCGGACGAUGAAAAUGUUGAGAAUUAUGAGAUAAACAGCGAGAAUGAUGACCCAGAAGAAUUACAACGUGAAGCGGAACAAAUUUUUGGAAAUAGCACAGUAGUUCAAAUGCAAAAUGGAGUACAAAUUCUUCCCUCUGAUUCUGAAAAUAAGCUGACGACAAUUGCGCGAGAAGAUUUAGAUCCCAAUUGGCUAUGA